CAGAUGGGGGCUGAGAACCAUACAGAGGUCUCUGAGUUUGUCUUGGUGGGCCUCUCUAAUUGUCCACAGGCCCAGCUCCUCCUCUUCAUGGCCAUCUUGCUCACCUACUUGGCCACACUGCUGGGCAACCUCCUGAUUGUGACUCUGGCCCGGGUGGACUCCCGCCUCCACACGCCCACGUACUUCUUCCUCAGCCACUUAUCCUUCCUAGAGAUGUGCUAUACCACCAGCACCAUACCCCAGAUGCUGGCCCAUCUGCUGGCUAGGAACAAAGUCAUCUCCUUUGACCACUGCAUGGCCCAGAUGUACAUUGCUCUCUCACUGGGCAGCACUGAAGCCAUCCUCCUGGCUGCUAUGGCUUAUGACCGUUAUGUGGCUGUUUGUCACCCACUGCACUAUGCCACAGUCAUGAGCAGGAAGUGCUGCCUGGCCCUGGCUUUAUCCUCCUGGGCUAGUGGCUUCAUCCUUUCAGUGAUCAACGCAGCCUGUGUGCUGCGCCUGCCCUUCUGUGGGCUCAGCCACAUCAACCAUUUCUUCUGUGAGCUACCGGUGGUGCUGAAGCUGGCCUGUGCUGACACGCACCUCACUGAGGCUGUCAUCUUUGCAGCAGCUGUGAUCAUCCUCCUACUCCCGCUCUGCAUCAUUUUGGCGUCCUAUGGUCUCAUCCUUGCCUCAAUCCUCCGAGCACACUCAGCUGCUGGCCGGCACAAGGCAUUCUCCACUUGCACCUCCCAUCUGGCUGUUGUUUCCAUUUUCUAUGGCACCGUCAUCUCAAUGUACAUGAGGCCCCACAAAGGUUCCCCCCCUGACUGGGACAAGCAUGUUGCUGUCUUCUACAUCGUGGUCACACCUGCACUAAACCCUCUCAUCUACAGUCUGAGGAACAAAGAGGUUAAAGGGGCAGUAAUCAAGCUGAAGCAGAGGGUAAGCUUCAUGAAGAAAACCUGA